AUGGCUGAUCAAGGGGAACUGUAUGAGAAGUCUUGGAUUCUUCGGCACGUUCUAGACUGGUACAUAGAGUCUCAGGAGACAGUAGCAAUAGUAAGAAAGCUGAAACUUUUAUCUGAGAAAAUCGAAAAUUCCAAAAGAAAACCGACGCAGUUGUUUUAUACUGGCAGUGGUGGUGAGGGAUCAACUGUUUUAGGCUCGGAUACAGACAUGAUGUUUGCAUAUAGAGAUGUCAUAGUUUUAUAUCCAGGUCAAGCUGAAUGGAAUCCAUCGGAAAGUAGCAAUGAAACUAUUUUGAUAAUGAGAGAUGCUGACAGCAGACCAGGCUAUGUAACUCUAGAAUUACUUCAUCUUGGAAAAAAGGCUCCAAAAUGUUUGAUCAAAGCAGUUUGUCAGCAAAGUGAUAAAAAGUUUAUAUCAAGCGAAAUAUUCACCCAGUCGUGUACAGAAGAAAUGGAUGGCAUCUUUCAGUUACAAAUGGAAUCCCAUGGACCAGCUGCUACAAUUAGAGAUGAGCACAGCAAUACACAUUUUGAUGCAGAUACGGUGCUUGCUUUCUCGUUCCAUAACUGGCCUAAGGAAGCAGAGGAAUGGGUAUGUAGGCCUCGCUUCCAUAACUGGCCGGAUAAAACUUUGAUGGACCAGAUAGUACAAGGUGGCUGCCAUAUUGUUCCUGUAGGAGAUAAAACGUCUGAUGACCCAUUCCUACAAUGGAGGAUUUCUUUCGUAAUCGCAGAGAGGAAAUUAAUUCAUUCCCUCAAUCAUGUCCAAUUUUUAGUUUACGGACUUUUCAAAUGUGUCCUGAAACAAAUUUCUGAAAUGUUAAAACAGUUGCUAGGGAACACAGAAAUCCUGUCGUCCUAUAUUGUAAAAACUGUUAUAUUACACGCUGUGGAAAACACGCCUGAAUCACUAUGGCAGGAAAAACACACAUUCCUCUGUUUCAUGUUCUGUUUAAACACGCUAAUAUCCUGGGUGAAGGCAGGAUACUGUCCGAAUUACUUCAUCACCAACAACAAUAUGUUCCUCGGCAAAGUUCAUGGUCAAAAUCAAACAAAACUUGUCCGCUUUCUUAUCGAUUUCCAUGACAUGAAAUGGAGCUGUCUGUCAGUGGGGACUUUUCUGCAGCCAACAAUAGGAGAGAUUGUUGACGAUGUUUGUAACGGAGGAUGGGAAAUAAUAACGCCUUCUCCAACAGAUUGUGAUAGUGAUGUUCACAUCAUUGGGAUCGCGUUAAAACCAACAUACCCAGCGGAUCUACUUUCCGUGUUUCAACCACUAUUAUCAGAAUCAGAAUCAGAAUCGGAUACUGAUGAAUUCCUGGAUUGUGCACUUGCAGCACGAGUGAUGUGGUUUUGGGGAAUGGUAUUAUUUGAGAAACACACUGCAGUGAGGGGAAACAAACAGAAGUACAAAUAUCUUCGAAAAUGCAGAAAUCUACUUUCACCGUUUGCCUCCAUUUGUAAAAGUCCAGGAUCAUUGAUGCUAGCCACAUAUUACUACCAGAUUGGGAAUUACAUGAAAGCACUUGAGUUAUGUGGAAAUCUGAUAUCGUCACCUCACGUUUUUCUUGGUCUUGGUACAUAUCUAAAUGGUAUGGAGAGGUAUGAAGACCUCUAUUGUGGGCGUGGCUAUACUUUAAUUCAGAAAUCCCGAGAGGUAUUUUUAUCAAAUAUCGUGUUCAUGCCAAAUGCUCCGCACUUCUGUCCGCCUCAAUUACACGAGGAAGUCGCAAAAGAUGGCAAAUCAUUGUUCAAUUUCAUUCCUCCGCUCCCCUAUGCGGUAUUCCUCUCUUUUCUUUGUUACCAUGAACUUGGUGACAUCCGGAGACGUGAUAUAGCAAUGAGAAAUCUUCGGGCCGUGAAAUAUGACAGAGAACAAGGGGUUGGUCAAUACUGGAUUGUGCACAAUUUUUUGGGGAUAUGCUAUGAAAUAAUGAGGGAUAAAGGGAAGGCACUCAGGGAAUACAGAAAUUCUCUAGGUGUUCGGAACUUAAGCAAGGCUCAAAACCCAGCCAAGAAAAAAAUACAACGUUUACAGAAGGAAUAG